UGUGUGAGCGUCCGCCGCAGCCCUGCCCAGCCUAUUCUUUCUCCUGACGUCCUUCCUUGAUGCCAGUGUCACACGCUGCUGGGGAUGAACAUUUUACAGCUACUGUACAGUUUUUAUAAGCUAAGCUAUACCGUCUGGGAGCAUUGACAGACAGACUCUGUCUCUUCGAAAAGGAUAUUGCCCACCGGUGCCUGUCGGGACGGGAGUGCACUCGACACACGCUUAACAGUUAGCAUUUCGUACUGUAUCCGCCGAUGUUUAUUUAUUAAUAUAUUGUUUUCCUGGAAAUGUGCACAGAUGAGUCUUUGAAGGGGACACCGCGUCCGUGGGAGUGGUUUAUUUUCUCUGGACAACCCAGACUCAUUGAAAAAAUGGGUCUGUUUUCAUCUGUUUGAUGCUGCGGUAGCUCUGUUUUUUCCUAUUCUGUUCUGCUUUUGUUUUCUUUCGGUGUGUCUCGUGAUCUACAGUCGACCCAACAUACAAAACACUCGCUGGUAUGGGACAUUUUUGUUUAGCUAAGGACAAAAUGAUCUAUUGUUCCGGAUAGCCGAACCACCACAGACAUGAGCAUCAUAGUGUAGCCUUUUUUAUCUUUGUUCUCAUCCCACCAGUAUUGUGCAUAGCAUCCAGCAGACUUGACCGAAAAUGAGGAUUGUUUAAGAGGGAAAAACACUAUAGUGGUGGAAGGAGAGGGGAGCGAUAGCUUCGCGAUACUGGCUAGGCUGCGGACCGUUUCUGGUCUGAUUCAAUUAGCAACUGUACGCGGAGUGCUGCAAAUAAAGGCAGCGUCGCUGAAGCUCAGGGACGAUGUCCUCUCGCGCAGCGCUGCAGCCGGGGAACGACAGGAAUGCAGACCACCAUGCCACUCUCUCAGCCAGCCGUUCAGAGAAGGGCUCAGGAUGGUCGAGUCGCUCACUCGGAGCCCGUUGCCGGAAUUCAAUCGCCUCCUGUUCAGAUGAACAGCCUCACAUCGGAAACUACCGGCUGCUCAAAACCAUCGGCAAGGGCAAUUUUGCCAAAGUGAAGUUGGCACGCCAUAUUUUAACCGGCAGGGAGGUUGCAAUAAAAAUCAUUGACAAAACCCAACUCAACCCUACAAGCCUGCAAAAGCUCUUUCGAGAGGUGCGGAUCAUGAAGGGGCUCAACCAUCCAAAUAUUGUUCAGCUCUUUGAAGUGAUCGAGACAGAGAAAACGCUCUACCUUGUGAUGGAGUACGCCAGUGGUGGUGAGGUAUUUGACUACCUUGUAUCGCAUGGGAGAAUGAAGGAAAAAGAGGCACGUGGUAAUUUCGUCAGUGCUUCCUUUCAGAUUGUGUCUGCAGUUCAUUACUGUCAUCUGAAGAACAGUCACAGGGAUCUAAAGGCAGAAAACCUCUUGCUUGAUGCCGACUCCAACAUCAAGAUUGCUGACUUUGGCUUCAGUAAUGAGUUCACUCUGGGCAGCAAACUGGACACGUUCUGCGGCAGUCCACCCUACGCCGCACCGGAGCUCUUUCAAGGGAAGAAGUACGACGGGCCAGAAGUGGACAUCUGGAGUCUGGGCGUGAUUCUCUACACACUGGUCAGCGGAUCACUACCCUUCGAUGGACAGAACCUCAAGGAGCUGCGUGAGCGCGUGUUGAGAGGGAAAUACCGUGUGCCGUUCUACAUGUCCACUGACUGUGAAGGUAUCCUGCGCCGCUUUCUUGUGCUCAACCCCACCAAACGCUGCACCCUGGAGCAAAUCAUGAAGGAUAAGUGGAUCAAUGUCGGGUAUGAAAGUGAUGAACUGACCUAUAUAGAGCCUGUGGAGGAUUAUAAUGACAUCAGCCGUGUUGAUGUAAUGGUAGGAAUGGGUUACUCGCGAGAUGAAAUCAAAGAUGCUCUGACCACCCAGAAGUACAAUGAGAUAUUCGCCACAUAUCUGCUUUUAGGUCGCAAGAAUGAGGAUGGCACGGAGUCCCGGUCGAGCAGCAGUCUUUCCCUAGCACGUGUGCGGCCCAGUGCAAUUACCAACGGCACCAGCAAACACUCAUCCACCUCCUCGUCCAGCUCCACCUCUGCCUCCAGUCACACUAAACCCCAGCGCAGCGCCUCCACCUACCACCGCCAGAGGAGACACAGCGACUUCUGUGGGCCGUCAGUGCCAGUAGCCCAUCCAAAGCGCAGCCCCACGAGUACAGGAGAAGGGGAUCAAGAGGAACGUCUGCCCUCGAGGAAGACCAGCAGCAGUGUGGUAGGCAGUCGCAGCAUCCCUCCAUCCAGCCCUAUGGUCAGCACCGCCAACAACCCCAACAAGUCUGAGAUACCGGAUCGCCGCAAGGACAUCAAUGCAACAACGAACAACAUCCCUGCCAGUGCCAUGACCCGUAGAAACACUUACGUGUGUACGGAUCGCACCGGCACCGACAGACACUCCUUACUCCAGAAUGGGAAAGAAAACAGGUAA